AUGAACGCCUCGGACCUGACCGAGAGACAGCUCAAUGGCUUCAGUGUCAUUGAGCGUGUCUGCUCCGUUCUCUCGCUCCUCGGAUGUCUCCUCGUCAUCAUCACGUUCUCCACGUCCAAGUCGUUCCACAAGCCCAUCAACCGGCUCGUCUUCUACGCCUCCUUUGGAAACAUGAUGACCAACGUUGCUACGCUCAUGGCGAGGACAUAUCUUGGAGAUACCAACUCGGCCGGAUGCCAGUUCCAAGCCUUUCUGAUCCAGAUGUUCAUGCCUGCCGAUGCCUUCUGGACACUGGCCAUGGCUGUCAACGUCUAUCUGACAUUCUACUACAAGUUCGACUCGCGGAAGCUCCGCCGAAUGGAGAUUCCCUACCUGCUGUGCUGUUACGGUAUUCCCUUCAUCGUGGCCAUCACCUACAUCUUCAUCAACGACUCCAGCCCCGGUGGCCGUGGCCGAAUGUACGGCAAUGCCACUCUCUGGUGCUGGAUUAGUCCAGGAUGGGACAUUUGGCGUAUUGCCACCUUUUACGGCCCGGUCUGGGUUGUGAUUCUGAUCACCUUCUUCAUCUACAUCCGUGCUGGCAGUGAAAUCUACAAGAAGCACAAGCAACUGCACGACUUUAGCAGCUACAGCCACCACGACCCCGAGCCUAUGCCACCCAUGGAUGACCCCUUCAGCGCCAACAAGACCACCGAGAUCUCGGUCACGACCGAGACGGCCAACCAGCAGGGCAUCGACCUGGCGCCUCUUGGCCGGCGCGGCCAGGCCCAGGGGGCCACUGACGAGCCGGCUCAGCCCAACCCGGCCUACUCGGUCACGAUUUCGUCCGACAAGCGGAACAAGCGCCAGUCGUACAACGACGUGAUCCUGCCCAUCCAGAGCAACGUGGUCAUCGAGGCGCCGCCGGCGCCCAAGAACCCGACGAACCGGCUGCGGCGGCGGGCGGCGUACGAGGCCAACAACGCCACGUGGUCGUACACCAAGUGCGCCAUCCUCUUCUUCACGGCGAUGCUGGUGACGUGGAUCCCGUCGAGCGCCAACCGCGUCUACUCGGUCGUGCACGUCAACGAGAUCUCGCUGCCGCUCGAGUACAUGUCGGCCUUUGUGCUGCCCCUGCAGGGCUUCUGGAACGCCAUCAUCUACGUCGUGACGUCGUGGAAGGCGUGCAAGAUGUUCUUCACCGACGUCGUCUACGCGAGCCGCCGGCCGCGCAUGCAGGACAUUGUGGGCUUCAGCCCGUCGGACGAGUUCUCCAAGAUGAGCAGCUCGGUGCGCGGCGCUGCCGGUGGCGUGGUCGGCGGCGCUGCGGGCGUGGGCGGCGGCGGCAGGAGCGGCGGGCGGUCCGAGAAGAAGGACUACGAGACGGAGAGCAUGACGGAGCUGGCCAACUCGAGCACGAGGCCCAACUCGCACGAGCGUUCAUGA